GACAUUUGUGCCGUAAAAAAAUACGACGAACGACAAAAAUAUUUCUACAGAGAAGUUGCAAAAAUGCAAAUAGCCCGCAGCAUUUUCGGAAAUUCCUUGUUGAAGAACUAUACAAUACGUCAAUUAUCCUCGUCAACACGUGCCAUGGCUCCUGUAAAGGUCGGUGAUAAGAUCCCCUCCGUGGAUUUGUUUGAAGAUUCACCUGCUAACAAAAUCAAUACUGGGGAUUUGACUUCUAAUAAAAAAGUCAUAAUUUUUGGCGUUCCCGGAGCUUUUACUCCUGGAUGUUCAAAGACUCAUUUGCCAGGAUAUGUUUCAUCUGCUGAUAGCUUGAAAUCUGAACAAAAGGUGGACGACAUUGUAUGCGUUUCUGUUAAUGAUCCAUUUGUAAUGUCAGCCUGGGGAAAGGAACAUAAUGCUGGCGGAAAAGUUCGUAUGUUAGCUGAUCCUGCAGCAUCAUUUGCCAAAGCAUUAGAUUUGACCAUUGACUUGCCACCUUUGGGUGGAGUACGUGCUAAACGUUUUUCUAUGGUGGUAGAAAAUGGAGAAGUUAAAGAAUUGAAUGUUGAACCAGAUGGCACUGGCCUAAGCUGCUCCUUGGCUAAUAAUAUUGGCAAAAAAUAACUUGUAUAUAAAAAUUCCAAUACGUGUAUUUAAUUAUCAAUACAAGAUUAUAAUAAAAGUAUAGUAAAUACUAAUAA